AUGCUUAUAUUUAUUUUUUGCACAGGUGACACCGGAUCAUCAGGACCGCAAGGAGCUCGUGGAGAUGUAGGACCAGCUGGGAUACAAGGCCAAAAAGGUCAGCCUGGUGUGGUUGGUGACACAGGAGCUACCGGAUCAACUGGAUUUGCUGGUGUGGCUGGACCCCAGGGUCAGAAAGGUCAACCGGGUCCUCAAGGACCUUCAGGUCAACCUGGUCCCAUUGGACAGAACGGUCAACCAGGAGCUCCAGGAGAUAAUGGUUUGCAAGGUGACACCGGUGCGACUGGGGAUGUUGGAAACAUUGGACCGAAUGGCGCCCCUGGAUCACCUGGUCUUAGAGGUAGUCAAGGAGCACCUGGUAACCAAGGACCUGUUGGAAAUAGAGGGGAUGUCGGACUGGCUGGAGCAGUGGGCAUACCUGGUGCGCCAGGUUCCAAUGGACAGCAGGGCGCUCAAGGUGAAUUUAAAUUCAUUAAUAACUUUUAA